AAAAAAAAAAAAAAAAUUAGUUAUCUAAUGAAAACCGCUUCGAUUUUUUCAAGCUAGACUUAUUAGCUGAAGAUGUUAUUUUACGCGUCAGAUUACACAACUUGUCACAUUAUGUAUUUAUUUACAGCCUUUCCCAUUUUACUGCAUAGCUGCUGGUUUCCGUAACUAACGUCCAUCUAAACAUUUACACCAUUUCGAGGUUUUACAGUAAAAGCAGUGGCGACGUGUACGACGAAUAAAAAAAAAAAAAGCAUAAAUAUCCCAAAUCACACUUCUUGACCUCCGAGACUUUAUUUUUGAUAUUUAUCCGAACUCCUUUCAUUAUUUCAGUAACAGAGUAGAAAAGCGUGGUGUGCUGUGAUUGGCUGUGGCAAGAGCUCCCGACUAUUGCCCUCUCAUGGGAGUUGUAGUCUUUCCCGCCGCAGCCAGCAAGCGCUCCCAACGGCCUCAGACCGGGAAGAGGACUACAAACUGGGAGGAGCCGAUGGAGGGGCGGGGUUUAGCGCGGCAGCUGGGUGUUUGGGGGGCGGGGCCUCGGGCGGGCAUGGCCCUGGAGGUCUGUAACGACAGCUCAGCCCACAGACAGAGCUGCUGCUGUGACACAUGGGCACCGAGUUCACUGAGAGGAAGUUUAAAACACAGAAAAACAGAAGCAGAGACCAACGGCAGCAUGCUGAGAGGGGUUUGCCUCUUCCUGCCUUUCCUGGCGCUCGGUGGACCGCAGCUCUCAGAGCUGACGGGAGUCCUGGACGACUGCUUCUGUGACGUCGAGAGCAUCGACGUCUUCAACAACUUCAAGAUCUACCCUCGCAUCAAGAAGCUGACGGAGAAAGACUACUUCAGAUACUACAGAGUGAACCUGAGGCGACCGUGUCCCUUCUGGCCUGACGACGGACAUUGCGCCAUCAAAGACUGCCAUGUGGAGCCCUGUCCAGAGAGUAAGAUCCCAGUGGGCAUCAAGUCUGGGAACUACAACAAGUACUCCCAGGCAGCGAAUACGAUGUCGGACAUGACGGAGUGCGAACAGGCCAAAGAACUGGGCGCGAUCAACAGCACCCUGAGUAACCAGAGUAAAGAGGCGUUCGCUGACUGGGCGAGACACGACGAUGCUCAGGACCACUUCUGCGAGCUGGAUGAUGAAACCUCUCCAGAUUCUGAGUAUGUGGAUCUGCUGCUGAAUCCGGAGCGAUUCACUGGAUACAAGGGUCCUUCAGCCUGGAGAGUCUGGAACAGCAUCUACGAGGAAAACUGCUUCAAGCCCAGAUCGGUGUACCGACCUCUGAACCCUCUGGCUCCGAGCAGAGGAGACGACGAUGGAGAGGGUUUCUACAAGUGGCUUGAAGGUUUGUGUUUAGAGAAGAGAGUUUUCUACCGGCUCAUCUCGGGCCUCCACAGCAGCAUCAACAUCCACCUGUGUGCCGAGUACCUGCUGAACGAGGGUUGGGGCCGGUCGGUCUGGGGCCCAAACGUUCAGGAGUUUCGACGGCGCUUUGACACGGCAGAGACGAAGGGCGAGGGCACGCGGCGGCUGAAGAACCUGUACUUCCUGUACCUGAUCGAGCUGCGGGCGCUCUACAAGGUGGCGCCGUACUUCGAACGAGCAUUUGUCAACCUGUACACUGGAAACGCUCAGGAGGACGGAGCCACCAAGGACCUGCUGCUGCAGGUCUUCAGUGAGAUCAGAACUUUCCCAAUGCACUUUGAUGAGAAGUCCAUGUUCGCAGGGCACAAAAUUGAAGCCAAAACAUUAAAGGAGGAAUUCCGCCUCCAUUUUAAAAACAUCUCCAGGAUCAUGGACUGUGUCGGCUGCAGUAAAUGUCGACUGUGGGGAAAACUACAGACUCAGGGUCUGGGUACAGCGCUGAAGAUCCUCUUCUCCGAGAAGGAGAUCCAGAACCUCCCCGAGCACAGCCCCUCGAAAGGCUUCCAGCUGACGCGACAGGAGAUCGUGGCCUUACUGAACGGCUUCGGCAGGUUGUCCACCAGUAUACAUCAGCUGCACAGUUUCCGCCUGCUGUUGAAGGAGAACAGGUAACAGAAGGCGAUGUUCCACCUGGCCAGUAGGCGGCGCCACAAAGAACUGCAAUAGUCUCUCCUCGCCCAGAAGAAGGCCUUUUUCACGGACAUCAGGACCAGCAGCGAACCCAACGACAUUCCUACAAACAGGCUCUGCCAAUGAUCUCUCUUUUCUCUCCUUCCUCCUCCUCCUCCUCCUCCUCCUCCUCCGUCUGGUAGAUCAUGAAUGUUAACUCCUCCGCCUACGUCAGAAAAGCCUCGAGGUUCUGAAAACUUCGCCUGACGUCUUUCUUUUUUUAUUUUUAUUUUCCUCUGCUGUGAAACUUGUCGGCCGGUGACGAACUCUGACCUUUUUUCAUUUUGAUUUUUUUUUUUUUUUGGUCUCUUUUGAGAAUCAGCAGGUCGGUUGUGACGUUCGACAGCCUGAAGGAAAUAAGGAAGGAAGUGAUGUAACAGGCCGUCGCAUCCUGUCGGAUUUUACACUCGUGAACCUGAGUCAGACCUUCGCGGCUCUUACGGAUGUGGAAACACUUGGUCCUGAGACAGGACUCGGGACCCGGUCGGGACAGACCCGGUUUGUCCGGAUAAAAGCUCGUCCGAACCGUCGGGACGCCGCUGCCUGAGUUUUUGUUUCUGGUUUAGUUUUUUUUUCCCUCUCCUCUCCUCUCUCGCCUUCUCCUGUUGUUUGUUGCUCAAAAGCCUGAGGAUCUGGACCAAUCAGCUCGUGUUUACCAUCUCAGGCCUAAUUUAUGUCCGCUCGCUAGAAGGUGUGUGUGUGUGUGUGUGUGUGUGUGUGUGUGUGUGUGUGUGUGUGUGUGCGUGCAGACGGAUGUGAGAAGUUGCCACUAGCCACAUGUUGCUGGGACGCAGCUGAUAAGAAGUCUGGCGGGUAGUCGGCCGUUUCUGCGGACCUUUGUGACUUUGAGGCGCCUUCAGACGAGGCGACGCCGUGUCGACAUCUUAUGUGCGAAGCGUCCACACGGCGCUUCCCCGUGCGGGUUUCAGCGACGACGUGAAGCGGAGCUCUUCUGUCCAGUCCAGCUGUUCAGGAUCUAACCUUAGACUAACUUCGCCUCCUGUUUGAGCGGUUUGUUUCGACGUUUCCCAGCUUGUAAAAAGGUUUUUCUGUUUUCGCGACACGCUGCUCGGAUGCAAAGUGAACGUACGAUGCGUUUGAUCAAUCAGUGUCGCCUGCUGAGCUGAAUCGGACCGAUCAGGACUCCGUAUCAGUGUAGUCACCAAACUCUCCUCGCUCAUUAGAUACGUGGCGUCGUGUAGCGCCGCUGCUCGUUUCCCCUGAAUAUUAUGUCUCACGAAAACUGAAUCGUUUCUUCUGACGUUAGCGGAGGCGUUGUUUAUUUAUCCCUUGAGGCGGGGCGCUUUCGAAUAAAUAAAUCGAAUUAACUCAAUCAAUACGAAAGGUUGUUUAUGCACGACGUGUGAAAAAAUGUAAAACGUUAUGGAAACAGAGUUAUUACAACAUGACAAAAAGUGGAAACUCUGGAUCCAAAGUCGCCUCAAAGUCCCGUUUCCUCUGCUGCUCACUCCGAACACCGACGCCGGAGGCCAAUCGAUAUGUGUGAGUUAAAUAUCUGAUACCAAUAUAAUGAUUUUAGACAUUUUUAAAGAAUUGUACCGAUCUGGAAGAGUUACAGUUGAACUGAAGCCGUGACCCGUGCGAGGCGCGCAGUGCUUCAACACGGAACUGUUAAAACGUGGCCGGUCAGUUGUAGCCGCUGUGGCUAGUGGACGCCAACGCGUCUGUGUGAGCGCAAAGAUCACCGAAACGUCACGUGACCUCGCCGCACUGGACGUUUAAUAAUCAGUUCGGCUCGUCUGUAGACGUUUCUCAGACGGAUUAAACCGAACGCACGCGUUUAACCGCCGCGCCGCGUGAUACUUCUGAUUUAAACAGAUUUCAUUCAUUUUUAGCAAAGGAGCUGAACACAGUGUGGGAAGCCGGACGCUUCGGUGGUGUUUGCACGUGUGUGUGUGUGUGUGUGUGUGUGUGUGUAACUGUGUGUGUAGAUCAUCAACAGUUGCAGCUAUAAAAUAAGACUUGAUUCCACAGUUAAAUAACCAUAAACUUGAUACAGUAGCAGAUUUUCGCUCCUGUGCGAUAAUUAACUAAUGAUUCUUUUUGUGUUUGGAUGAAUGUUGCUGCCCGUCCGUCCGUCCGUCCGUCCGUCUAGUUGCUGCUGUAUAUUUUGUAAAAGCGCCGCCUAGUUUUCUCCAGCACUGUUUUCGCUUCAGCCAUGUUGUCUUAAAGCACGACUUCGAAUCGAGAAAGAUUUAUUAGAUUUAUUUAAACAGAAAAGCUAGGAUUUAUUAGUUUCUCUUGAGAUUAAUUAUUGCUUCAGUAUUUUAUCUCGCGCUGUGAGUUUGAGUGAACCGGACGGUGCGAUGGCGGAGGGAUUAGGGGGGUUUUAAUAGAGCGUGCUGGCAGACCAGCAGGAGGGUGGAGGUGUUUCAGCAGCAGAUCCUCUGGGACCAGCUCACUGCAAAAAAACCUCCUCCUUUAAGGGAGAGUCUGGUGGUGGUCUGUAUUUUUCUCACAUGUUCAGACUCAAACCAACAACACGUCAGUCCGUCUCUCAGUGCCGUCUCACUUCCUGUCUGCGGCUCUCAGCUGCGAGCCCGUUGGUUCCUGCUGAAGACGUAAAUCUUUAAAAACUCCUCACAGAUCUGUAGUUUCCUGUUUAAAAAGGCUCAGUAGUUUCCUCAAACAGCUGCUCGCUGUAGUUUUUAUCAAACAGGAGGAAACAGAGCAUCUGUUGGGGACUAUUUCCAGCGGCGGAUGAAUCCACAUGUGGUGCUGUAGUGAGUGUUUGGGGCAGCAGGACGGUGUGUGUGGGGCGGAGGCAGAAUAAACUACAGUGUGUGUGUUCAUGGUGAUGAAGGAACAUGUCACCCAGUGCAGCAGAGCGGCUCGCUGAUGAGUUUUAAUAGUUUCUGGACGACGAUGGAGGAAGAAGAUCCAUCAGCUGCGAUUCACACACUGAUGUUAGCUGAGACGUUCAUGAUGGUUUGGUGUUUUCACGGGGUUUGUUGACAAUAAGAAAAAUACAGAAUAUCACCAGACUCGUACUUUAACAAGGCGUUUCUUGGGACAGCGAUAUCUUGAAACAACUGAAUAGACGUGAAUAUCAUGAUGGACUCCUGUAACGAUCAAUAAGCAACGGCAAACAAGCAAAGGACGCAGAGCGGGUCUGCGUAGGUUUCUGAAACCUGGGUAGAGCUGCCACCACAGCUGGGUGUGAUGGGCCGAGACACCUGUCGUGAAGUUUGCUAUUCACACAUUAAAUUUCUUAAAAUUCGACUUUUUAUUUCAGGCAGCAAGUCGAGGCUUUGUGAACUGAGCUCGGUAAUUAUAGAUGUUGUUGCAGUCGGCCCCCAGUGGCUGUUGGAGGAACUGCGGGUCGGUGUGUUUUGUUCGCCGACGCUCUUCGGCUGUGGCGUCGCAGCUUCGGGGAGUUAAAGAGUUAUAUAAGGUAUAGUAAAGAGUUUAAAAAGACGACGCCGGCCUCAGCUGGUGGACAGACGGGUUUAUGAGGCAGAUUCAGUCACAUUUUGACGCUUAUUCCAGUCUGAGUUUGUUUUGCUCAGCAGUAAAAUUAUGAAGUGGACCAAAGAAUUUUAAGUUAACUACAUUUUUAUUUAAUGUAUUUUUGUUUGUUUGCGAUGAUCAGGAAGUCUUUUUACUUUACUGAUUCUUUGAUCGUUUGGAGACGCGAUGUUACGAUAAGUUCAUACAGUAUAAAUGAGGGUUAGGCUGAAAUAUUACUUAUAUAUUUUUUGGCUGUUUUUAAAAUCUGAAAUAGGAUUAAAAAGGAAUUAAAAGUUAAAAUAUGAAAAGCGUGGCCGUGUCGCGUGCCAUAACGCUUCUGUUUGCGGUGGUGGUUCAUUAAUGUUGUUUAAAAUAUUUUAAAUAUCAGCCGCUAGCAGCUUUAGUCCCAAAUCAGGUUCCUCUCUGUUUGCCCUGAGCUUUGUCUCCCAGGCUUCCUCCUCGCUACAGAUCCCUCCUCCUCCUUUCGGCCAAACCCGAAUCAUAACGCGAAGCUUUAGAUCGGUAGAGCUUGUUAUGGUCCGGCAUCUAAAUCUGAAAAAUCUAACGAUCUGUUGGAGGUCAGAGCGGGAAGGGGCGAGUGAAACAAACGGCAGCGGCGGGAGCCGAAGGGUCAGACAGGAAACAGGAAGUUGAGCGAAAUAUCUGCUGAUUGUGUCAAAUGUGAAGUUUUGAGCCUGAUGGCAGAGAGGAAGCAGCUUCUCAGUUGGUGUUUUUGAGAAAGAUGGUUUGCGUUCGUGUGGAUCAAACUGUGUGUGUGCGUGAGGAUACGGAGGCCCGAGUGUGACAACUGAAUCAUGGAAAAACUUUUUUCAGUGAGUCGAUCAUAACGGAUUAAAUAAUUGAUUACGUUUUAUAAAGUGAAUUUGUAAAAGCUUUGUUUAAAAAGUAAUGAAAUAAUUCUUAAAUGUGCCAGUUGACAAUUAAGUUUGACUAUUCUGCCUUUUGAAUGAUAAAUUCAUGGAUUUGUAAAAUUAUUUUUUAAAAGGCCUUUAAAUUUAAUUUCAAUUUGUUGGUUUUUUUUUUAAUUCAGUUUUAUCCUUUUUUUUGGUUCAUUUUAAUUUUUGAAAACGUUUUUUUUUUUUUUUUUAUCUUAAAGUAAAUCAAAUGUGCGGAAAAGUGCGAAUAUAACAAAAACUAUAAAAAAAGAAAAAUGAAACACAAAAAAAGCCUUUUUGAAAAUAAUUUACAAAUCCACUUCGAGGCUCAUUGAUUUAUUCGUCACGUAAACACAAAAUAAUUAAAUUAAGUGACACAUUUAAUUAUUGUAUCACUCUUUCAGUUUUUAACUGCACCAUUUAAUUAUAGUAACUAGUAACUAAGUAACUAUAUAUAUAUAUAUAUAUAUAUAUAUAUAUAUAUAUAUAUUUUCUAAAUGAAAGUCUAAGCAUUUGAAUCUUUUAAGCAACUGAAACCUAAAUGUUAAAUUUAUUCUCUACUGAAAACUUAAUGUUAAAAUUACUGAAAUAUUUUACUUUGAAAACCAUCUGAAUUUAUGUGGUUUGAAUUCCCUUCUUUGAUUUCAUAAACUUGAUUUUAUUUUUUAUUUUUUUCGGGCUCCGAAACUGUCCGUUAUUCCAAAAACUGUAUUUAAGUUGUUAAGUUCAACUUUUCUGUUUCAAAUCUAAAACUUUUACGUCAAAAAAUCUGAUCGGAUCGGUUGAAUUCAGACGCUAAAUUUCAAGAUUAAACUUCUGACUUAAUGCGUCCGAAGUGCCAAAGUUAAGAGCCUGAAUGAAACUGACCUUUUCUAUCUAAGUUUGUGAAGUAAAAAAUAAAUAAAUACAAUUUUUGAAAUUACAAAAUUUUAAAUAAUCAACUGGAAAUUCAGAUGGUUUUUCAAAGUAAAAUAUUUCAUUUCAGUGAUAUUAAAAUGUUAGUAAGUACUCAGUAGUUCCUACAUUUCACAAAUAUUCAGUUGCUUAUAAAAUGUAAAUGAUUACGAUCUUUUUUUGCUUCCAUACGUUAUCAGUUAUAACUAAUCCGGACAGUUUAUUAUUAUUAUUAUUAUUUGGCGUCACCUUCCAGCCUCCAUAAGACCGAGUCUGUCUUUGUUUGUUCGCGGGACGAGUCUGCAUGCCUUCCUCCGAGCCUCGCGUGCCCUCCAGCAGCUGGACGUCCCGCUCGGUCCGCUCGGCCGCCUUAAAACUAAAUCGCUUUUUUGGAAAAAGACAAAAAAAACAAC